AGUUCGGUUCAGAAAGGCAUGGAGAGUAGGUUUUCGCUUCCGCGCCAAUUCUGAUUGAAAACUUACGCGAACAAAAUAUUCAUCUCGAACUUUUGUGUUUUUAUUUUGGGUGAUUUGUGUUUGGUGAUUUUAAUUUGUGUCGUAGGAUAAUUUUCCUGUGUGUUUGUUUCGAAUUUUUGUUUGCAAUGGCAUUUUUUAGACAAUCGGUGUUAUGUUUCUUAACGCUUACUUCUUGUCUAAGAUAUUUCAUUGGAGCUUCGCAGGAUGUGGGAAGUCCGCUGAGGGUAGCUCAAUGCCGAGCCACAUGUCUUCAAAGGUUCGCUAAUGACGGCCCCAAUGGGGAAUCCAUGUGCUUGCAGGGACCCGAUUGUUUUAUGUGCUGGGAAAACUGCGAAUUGCUACAAUCGAACUUCCAAGUUUGGGGGGCUAUGUGCGAGGAAAAAGAAAUAUGUUUUCCGGGUUGUCAAGAAGCUUGUCGUUUCCACGCAAUGGCGGCAGCUCGUUCGCAUCAAACAGAACCCGUAAUCCACACCAAAGGCGAAGGGGUUAUUAGAGUAACGGGAGCUCUUGCGAGAUGGCCACGACCAUCUUCAGUAGACGCCUCCACUCCUCUAGUUUACGUAGUAAUGAGGAAAGCCCAAAACGGACCGUGGCGACAAAUUAUACAAACACUCGAUCAUACGACUCGAGUGCCUGUCAAUUCGGAUCGAGGAGACGCUAUGCUAAGAGUUCUCGUCGUAGAUCCCCAGGGAUUAGUGACGAUAUACAGUCCCGAUGAGGCUUACGUCCGCGAAAAUAAGAAAAAGAAAAAAACUAUUAAUACAGAAAUAAAAGCGACCACUAGCAGAACAACUCCAGAAACAGCCUGGAUCCUUAGAGAAAUAUCCCUUAUCCACCAGAAAGUUCUGGUUAUCGGUGAAAUCGCUUGGGAACCGAAAGCGAAUCAUGGUGUGUAUUUGGUGACUUGGGAAGUGGACGGAGGAGGUUUGAAAGGAAAUUUAUUCACCGAUUCGACCUGCGUGACCCUCUCUCUAUGGCCCGACACGAUUUAUCAUAUCCAAGUGGAAUUGGUGUCACGUAUUCCCGGUGUAGAGAACAUCAAAUCUGAAAUGAUGGAUUUGGAUACAGGACGCGCGCAGAAAGUUUCAACAGACGAAACGGAUCUUAAUAUCACCGACGAAGAUGAUACGAAUUCGCCUUUGCUGUCGGUGUUGUUCAGUGCCGUGCGCGGUGAAAAAACAAAAAAUAGGUACCAUUAUUUGGAAAUUGUACUGGGAGGAUGUACGGGCGUCGUACUAUUUUGUGUUGUGCUGGUGUUGAUAGUCUACAGGAGUAAAAGGAGAAGAGGUAUGGCGAUGCACAACAUCAUCACAGGAUCGACUUCCGUUAGAAGUAAAAAAUUGGUUGAAGACUUUCCAUUUUAUAAAGAUCUACAGCCAAUAGUAACAGUGAUAGGCACUCCGGGGGUUCAUCAAGGUGCCGAAAUUCCCAAAGUUAGCUACGAAUACCCACCGGUGACUUCUCCAACGAACCAAAGUAAAAAAACUGUGCAAGUGUGACAUCUCUGUAAAAGAUUUUAAAAUUAUCGAUGCGCGAAUGACUGGCUUAUGUUCCUAAGACUGACUAAGGUGAGGUGAAAGGAUUCGCGCGAUGAACUGACUGAUUAGCGAAUACUUUUUUUUUAAACGCAAUCUCAAUGUAUAAAUUUGUGUGUAUAAAAACUAGUCCAAAUCAAAAAAAAAGUUAAGAUAUUUUAAAUGGAAAUAAAUCGAUUUUGUAUCCAGUUAUUGUAUUUAAAGCUUUAAAGUCUUGUAACUCUUGACGAAGAUGAUGGAAAACAAAACUUAAAAGUACUGCCCAAGCAAUAUACUUAUCCCAAAACAAAAUCCAUCGCUGAAGGCAGAUCCGGAAGGCUUCUUGUGGAAAGACUGUUCUCUGAGCUUUUAGCGCCCAAAAUCUGGCGACUUCGAGUCCUUUUUUCCGAUUGGGGUUUACGGUUGUUCUUUUACAAUCGAAUAAACUAAAUACCAUGAAUUCGAUUGAUGAAAUUUUAAAGACAAAUUCCCAACUAAGUUACGAUUGGUCAAUCACCUGGUUGAGCAAAGCAUAUUGAGGUUUAAUUACCGUUCUUCAUUGGACUCAUUACUUCGAAUGAACGUGAAUAAAUCAAUAGAAUACGAGAAGACCCCUGCUGCUCUGAUAUAUCUUCUUCAUAAAAACUUAAGGCGUCGAAGGGAUAUAAAAAGUACAUUCAGAAAAUCAGCCAUCAUGUUGGAUUCAAGCGCUUAACUCUCCCCGGACUUAUGUUUGAGCAUGGUUGAUGACAAAUCUAGGAAUGAAUACCGUGUAGUCAGAAAAAAUAGAAUAGAACGGCCUGACAGACUGCUAUUAGUCUUUUAUGAAUAUUUUUGUUACAUGGAUUUGAUUGCAGUAUCAAGAAAUGAGGCUCUGAACAAAAUAAAAACUGAACCAUUAUCAUUAUUUUGUCACGAUGGAAAGAACCAAAAGAAACGUCAAAAAAAGUUUCCAAUUUUCACAGAUUGAAGCUUUAAAUACAAGCUACUUAAUGAUUUUUUUUUAAUUAGAUGUUGUAAAUUAUGCGGAUAUUUAAAUUAUGUUGACUGUGUUAUUUUGUAUUACUUAUUUAUUUAAACAAUUUGCGGUAUCGGUAAAUUUACUAAAAUUUAUUCACUUUAAUAUACUUUCAAAAUCACUUUCCGAGCAUUUUAUUGAGACUUAUAGUACGGGAAGCAAAGUCAAAAUUUUACCAGAAGUAUUAGCUGAGAAUUGGCACACAUUGAAGCAUUUUGAGAAAAAAAAUUAGAAAUUAGGAUGACGAAUGGUAAACAAAACUGAGUUUAAAAUGAGAAAAUGCUUUUUUUGUUAUAUUUCAAACACUUGAAGGGAAACUGUUCUUAUAAAAUGACAACUUGAGUUCAAAAUGAGUUCUUCAGUUCUUCUGUUGUAAAAAGUUGUGAGAUCCAUGAAGUACCAAGUCGAUUGAUUUAUUCAGGGACCUUCUGUCUCAAGUUAUCAAGAAAUUAGCUAAUCUAACAUCUUAUAGUGAUCACAUGUUGUUAGAUUAGUUAGUUUCGUAAUAACUUGAGACAGAAGUUUCUUUGAGUAGGUUUUGUUUUUGUUGGCAUCUCAUUUCUUUUUGUAGAUAGACCUUUUUUCCUUUCCAGUACCCUAAACUCCUUAAUUUUUCCGGUAUUAAUUUUUGAGCUUCAGCUACAGUUUCUCUUAAAGCCCAUUCCCUGUCACUAAGGGUUUUUCUCGGAGGCUUUGUUGUCACAAUUUCUUAUAAGUCCGGUCGCUUCUUAGUCUAUUGUAUUCACAAAUUGAGGAUUCUUGCAGUUUAGUACCUUCCAAAGUCGACAUUAAUUAGAUAUAACUCACGAAAAUGCCACGUAAGCUUAACCGGAUGUAAAUACUGCGGAACCGAUAUCCAUCAGUGCAACGGGACUUUAAAGUACUUAAAACGUAUCAAAAUAUUUUAAAAUUAACGUUCAAAUCGACAGUAAAUCGAUGAGUAAGCCUUUCAGUCGUCAAACUAAUAUAGCAAUCGAAAUAAUAAACGAAAAUAUCAAACUUAUAGGUAAGAUUUCGAGGCACAUCUACAAAACUGGAUUGAAUUGCAAAAUAUUUUAGUGUAUUCAAAAUUUGAAGCUUCAAUUUCUACUAGAAGUGCCUCAGAGUUUUGAUGACGGUCUAUAAAAUUUGAAAUAUAUUCAAAUUCGGUUCUAGUUUAAUCCACAACGAAGUUAUAGGGGCAUUGCUACCCUUUUUGGCGAAUAAUUAGCCCUGAUGUAAGAUUGCUUUCUUAUUUUCCCGUUGCUGUUAGUUUAAAAUCAUAGUAAAGACAAACAUCAAAGUACGUUGUGUUUUUGAAUCUCUUCAAUUCAUUUUCCAAUCAAAUUUUUUUGGAAAUUCCACCGUAGUAGUGUUUUUUUUUAUUAGAUUUGAAUAAGAAAGAGUAUGGAUCAGGAAAGGGUACCAAAAGAAUUGCAUUCAACUUGUCUUCGGUUAAUCUUUUGAUAUGAAAAAGAAAAACCUGGAAUUUUAAUAAAAUAACAAAAUUUUCACGCUUAGACCCUGAGGUUAGAAUUGAUACAUUUAAUUUUCAUAUUAAAAACGUAUUAAAGAUUAUUUUCAACUAUUAUAUUGAUAAUAAUCAAUCGAAAUCUGUGUUUAGAUUUACCGAUACCACUAAAAAUUAUUUCAAAUCCAUUGUAUUAUAUUUAAUGUGUAUAUAAUUUUUCAAAAUAAUUUUCUGGAAUCUAUUAGAAGUAACAGAAGUAAAUUUAUUGUGAAUAUUACAAAACAUGUACUUGUCUUCAUCAAAAAGUUCAGUCAAUGUAUAGAUGUUGACAACUCUUACUUUAGCUUAAUUUAUUUAGGUUAGUAUACCCGGUGCUUUGGUGAUUCAUGUCAAGUACAAAUAAUAAAAAGAAAACAACAAUUUUGUGUAAUGAAAUCUUUGCCAAUUAGUAUUGUUAUGGGACUGUGGCAAUCAAACACCAAAGCGUUCGUUAUUUAACAUAAACUAAUUACUAUGAGUUCGUCCUGCAGAGGAGCAACUCCUUUAUCAGGAACAACUCCAAAAAACCUUCCUCCUAUAACAAAUUUACCUUAUCUUACUUUAAAAUUAUCCAAAGAAUUUUCUUUUUUAACUACUUGCAUCCUUUAAACUCACGAAAUGAGUCUUGGUCAGUAGAGGCGGCUCCCAACGUCUACUACAAAAUGUAUGUGACUCUAGUAACUUUUAUUUUGGCUAUGUAUCAAAUCAAAGUUUUGGCCAGUAUAGGAGACGUUUUGAUAUUAGUUUUAACAUAAUUCCCGAUACAUAACUCAGAUUGAGGAUACUAAAUUAGAGGUAUCAGAAUUCUCUGAAGAGAUACAACAAGAUUGAAACCGGUCAGGGGUUAACCAUCAAAGAUGUCGACAUAGACAAAAAGGACGAUUUAGAUGUUUUUUGUAUGUAACUUUAUAUUCCUCACUCCAUUCAACAGGAAACUAGUUUUCUCUUUCGAGGUACAACAAAUUAUCAAAAUUUAUUAUGAAAAAGAUAGAAUGAUUCAUUUUAUUUGGAAAAAACUUGAUAUAAUUCCAAAAACAUCGGUAUGUAUUUAAAUUUCAUUUGUAUAUAGUUAAUUGUAUUAUAAUUAUUAUCUAUUAUAUAAGUUAUUUUUCUAUUGACCAUCGUCUUCAUCAGAUUUCGAAACUGAAAAUGUAAAUAUUAUUAUUAUAAUGAUCAUCAGUGGA